AUGUCUGAUACCGAGGAAGUGGAGCAAGGAGAGGUUCAUGAGCCAGCAGAGGAAGCCCCUGAAGAAGCUGAUGAAGAAGGCGAAUACUAUGAUGAGGAGAAGCCCAGAAUAAAACUAACUGCUCCUAAAAUACCAGAGGGUGAGAAAGUAGAUUUUGAUGACAUCCAAAAGAAAAGGCAGAACAAAGACCUGAUUGAACUGCAGGCCUUGAUUGACAGCCACUUUGAAGCCAGGAGAAAGGAAGAGGAAGAGCUGGUUGCCCUCAAGGAGAGGAUUGAGAAGCGCAGAGCUGAAAGAGCAGAGCAACAGAGAAUCCGGGCUGAGAAGGAGAAGGAGCGUCAGGCAAGGCUUGCGGAGGAAAAGGCACGGAGAGAGGAAGAAGAUGCCAAGAGAAAAGCUGAGGACGAUCUCAAGAAGAAGAAGGCUCUGUCCUCCAUGGGUGCCACAUACAGCAGCUAUCUGGCUAAGGCUGAUCAGAAGAGAGGGAAGAAGCAAACAGCUAGAGAGACGAAGAAGAAAGUCCUGGCAGAGAGGCGCAAGCCUUUGAACAUCGACCACCUUAAUGAAGACAAGCUGAGGGACAAAGCUAAGGAACUGUGGGACUGGUUAUACCAGCUGGAGACUGAAAAGUAUGACUUUACAGAGCAGAUCAAGAGGAAAAAAUAUGAGAUUGUCACCCUCAGGAACCGGAUCGAUCAGGCUCAGAAGCACAGCAAGAAGGCAGGAGCCAAGGGCAAGGUUGGCGGGCGCUGGAAGUAA